UUUGAGAAAAAUGUUUCUUAGCAUAUUUGGCAGCAGAUUAGGUUAAAAGCCUGUUUACCAAACGCUGUCAUUUUGCAAAAACCUGUUUUGUUGUAAAUGGGAAGCGCUGUGGUUGGAGGGUUACACACGCUGAGAAGGUGUGAGCUUCAAGUCCCUCAGCCUCCAGGUGCUGAGUCCCCCGUGAGAACUGAACGCACGCAGGAUACAACGUAACAGAACACGCGUGUGUACUUCGCGCUCAGCUCUGACCUUGGAACCUAGUAACUGCUGCACACGUGUUACUAGUGAUGCUUGUGGCUUGUUUUAAAGACUCCAAUUAAUAUUGAAGGAUGUUCGUUCCAAGAUCCCUGAAAGUCAAGCGGAAUGCUAACGAUGAUGGUAGAAGUUGUGCAGCCAAGAAAGUCAAACCAGAGGCAGAAGACCCCCAGCUGGGUGCAGACGGGGAUGGUCCAGCCGAUGCCUCGGGUACCAAAGAAGCUGCACUAGUGGCGCAUCACGGCGCCCAGCCGUGCCCUCUCCCCGGGCCUGCCAGCCAGGUGCCUGAGGGGGGUCUGGCUGGACCCGAGCAGCGGGCACAGGACACCGAUCUCCUCGAAGAGCCGGUGAAGUCCUUCUCCAAAACCCAGCGCCAGGCCGAGCCCGGGGAGCCGGUGUGCGUGGUAUGCGGGCGGUACGGAGAGUACAUCUGCAAUGAGACGGAUGAAGACGUGUGUAGCCUGGAGUGUAAAGCGAAACACCUUCUGCAGGUUAGGGGAGCGGAGGGGCAGUUAGCGCCGGGCGGUCCCCAGAAAGCGGGUUCUGAGCCAGUGGCUCCACGUCCUGCUUCGUACGUCUACACCGAGCACGCCUUCAUCUCGAACCUUCGGGAGGACCAGAUUGAAAACCUCAGACGGCAGCUGGGAAUCGUGGUUCAAGGGCCAGGCGUCCCCCGGCCCAUCAUUGACUUUGAGCAUUGCGGCUUCCCUGAGGCCUUAAACCUCAACCUGAAGACCUCGGGCUACGAGGUCCCCACCCCCAUCCAGAUGCAGAUGGUCCCCGUGGGGCUUCUGGGCCGAGACGUGCUGGCCAGCGCGGACACGGGCUCUGGGAAGACGGCCGCCUUCCUGCUUCCUGUCAUCAUGCGAUCUCUGUUUCAGAGCAAGAUGCCAUCCGCGCUCGUCCUCACGCCCACGCGGGAGCUGGCCAUCCAGAUAGAGCGCCAGGCCAAGGAACUGAUGAGCGGCCUGCCCCACAUGAGGACCGCGCUCCUGGUGGGGGGCCUGCCCGCCCCCCCGCAGCUCCAUCGCUUGCGCCAGCGCGUUCAGGUUAUCAUAGCAACUCCUGGGCGACUUCUGGAUAUAAUAAAGCAGAGCGCUGUAGAACUUGGCGGUAUAAAAAUUGUAGUAGUGGAUGAAGCUGAUACCAUGUUAAAGAUGGGCUUUCAACAGCAAGUGCUUGACGUUUUGGAAAACGUGCCUCAUGACUGUCAGACCCUUUUGGCUUCGGCCACGAUUCCAGCCAGCAUAGAGCAGCUCGCAAGCCAGCUUCUGCGCGACCCCGUGAGAAUCAUCGCCGGGGAGAAGAACCUGCCCUGCUCCAACGUGCGCCAGAUUGUGUUGUGGGUGGAAGAACCAGCCAAAAAGAAGAAACUGUUUGAAAUCUUGAAUGAUAAGAAACUCUUUAAGCCUCCAGUGUUAGUAUUUGUGGACUGCAAACUAGGAGCAGAUCUGUUGAGCGAGGCCGUUCAGAAAAUCACAGGUCUGAAAAGCACCUCUGUGCACUCGGAAAAGUCACAGCCGGAAAGGAAAAACAUACUGAAGGGUUUACUUGAAGGAGACUAUGAAGUCGUCGUGAGCACGGGGGUCCUAGGAAGAGGCCUGGACCUGGUCAGCGUCAAGCUGGUUGUCAAUUUCGACAUGCCUUCCAGCAUGGAUGAGUACGUGCAUCAGGUUGGAAGAGUGGGGAGAUUAGGUCAAAAUGGAACGGCGAUUACUUUCAUCAAUAACAACUCGAAAAGACUCUUCUGGGAUAUUGCAAAACGAGUGAAACCCACAGGGUCCCUUCUCCCCCCCCAGUUGUUAAAUUCCCCUUAUCUUCACGACCAGAAGAGAAAGGAACAGCAGAAGGAUAGACAGACGCAGAAUGAUCUGGUUACGGGGGCUAAUCUCAUGGACAUUAUUAGAAAACAUGAUAAAAGUAAUUCUCAAAAAUGAUUUGUUAUACCACGUUGAAUAAUUUUUAUUGCAUAUUGUCAGUGAAAUUUCUGUACAUUAUUCCUGUAUGGUUUGAUGAAUUUGACAUGCACAUGAAACAAAAAGUUAACAUGAUGUAAAAAGUUUUAAUAGACUAUCAAAUUUAUACAGCAAUAUUGUAUUUAUUUUCCUUUUUAAUUUUCAUAAAUUAAAAACAACAAGGUGAAUUACUAAAUGAAAUAAAAAUUUCUUCUCUCUGGAAAAA